UUCUGCAGGAUGGCCGGCUGGCGCCCGGAUCCUGAGCCCGAGCCCGAAUCCGUGUUCCCACGGGAGGUGCGGCUCUUCUCCGACUCCUACUCGGAGAGCAGCCGGUUCUGCUUCUGUGGGCACGAGCUGAGCAUCACGCAAAACUUUGGGUCGCGCCUUGGGGUGGCGGCACGCGUGUGGGAUGCGGCUCUGAGCCUGUGUCACUAUUUCGAGAGUCAGAAUGUGGAUUUUCGAGGCAAGAAGGUGAUCGAACUGGGCGCUGGGACGGGCAUCGUGGGAAUCUUGGCGGCGCUGCAGGGGGGGGAUGUUACCAUCACUGAUUUGCCACUGGCCCUAGAGCAGAUCCAGGAUAAUGUCCACGCUAACGUGCCAUCUGGAGGCCGGGUGAAGGUGUGUGCCUUGUCCUGGGGAAUUGACCAGCAUGGCUUUCCGGGAAACUAUGACUUGGUGCUGGGGGCAGAUAUCGUGUACCUGGAAGCGACCUUCCCGCUGCUGUUGGGGACCCUCCAACACCUGUGUGGGCCCCGUGGCACCAUCUACCUGGCUUCCAAGAUGAGAGAGGAGCAUGGGACAGAGGUCUUCUUUCAGGACUUCCUGCCCCAGCACUUCCAGCUGGAGCUGGCCCAGCGGGAUGAGGACGUGAAUGUCAAUAUCUAUAGGGCCAGGCACAGGGAAGUGAGACCUGCUGGACAUCAUCCUUUCUGUUGACCUCAACCCCUGCCUCAGUGGAGGAGUGGCCUGUCUCCAGAGCCAUGAACAUCAGACGAAAGGAAAGGAUGGAUCGCCUGUCUUCUUCCUUCCCUCUUCCAGUUUGUUCCCUAGAUAUUCUUGGGAAGGCGCAGGAGGGGAGCCGCUUGUUAAAAAUGGCAGAGCCCUAGAAGCAUUGAGGUAAUGCUUGUCUUCAGCAGAGGCGGAUGAGGAAGUAUUCAGGGUACUUAGGAGAAAGGGAGGAAACAGGGUAUGAAUACCAGCUGCACAGAGAGAUCGUCACUGAUCACUUCCAGUUCUUUAAACAGAAUGGACUUUUUUGUUUGUUUGUCUUUUGAGACAGGGUUUCUCUGUGUAGCCCUGGCUGUCCUGCAACUCACUCUGUAGACCAGGCUGGCCUCAAACUCAGAGAUCUGUCUGCCUCUGCUUCCUGAGUGCUGGGAUGA